GGAGCGACUUAUCGGUGAUCUUCUGCUCAGUCCUUCCAGGAGCUUUAAUCGAACACAGUGAGGCUGGGAUAGCAAGUUGGAUGAAGGGAGCUGAUCUGUUAGCAAAAUGACUUUCAACCGGUUAUUAUCCAGAGCUGUUCUCGGCAGCAGAGUGGGUCCCAGGUCUGUAUUCACAAGCUCCAAGCCUGACACUGCUAAACCCAACUGGUUCCGAGUGGGUCUUGCCUUUGGAGCAUCUGCUGUCCUUUGGGGCCUGCUCUUCAACCAGCACAGCACAGAUGUACAUGAGUACAAAGUGAGGAACGGCCUGGAAUAACCCACCACAUCAGCAUGAGUUCGCUGGGUCCUGUCUGUGGGAUGCACCUGUUUGUGUAUUUGUUUCUAUUUCCGCUGGUCCUUCUGUGUGAUGUGUAAAAUAAAAAAUGUAUGUGUGUGAAAUAUA